AUGUGUCUGGCCAAGCUCCAGGAGAAUUUAGAAAUACUGCCUUGGAACACCAAUAUCUCCACUGACACAAGAACCCUGACUGCCACCAGAAGUAGACCUAACACCUCCAACAAUUUCCAUGUCUACCCCACCAUCAACAAAGCCAGACCUACCUCCACCAACUAUUCCUGCUGCCCUAGCACUAUCAACAACACCAAAUUGACCACUGACAAUUCCUACAGACCUACCAUCAUCAGCAGACCUACCACCACCAACUAUUCCUGCUGCCCUACCACUAUCAACAACACCAAAUUGACCACUGACAAUUCCUACAGACCUACCAUCAUCAGCAGACCUACCACCACCAACUAUUCCUGCUGCCCUACCACUAUCAACAACACCAAAUUGACCACUGACAAUACCUACAGACCUACCAUCAUCAGCAGACCUACCACCACCAACUAUUCCGGUUGCCAUACCACUAUCAACAACACCAGACUGAAAACCACCAACUAUUCCUGCUGCCCUACCACUAUCAACACCAUACAGACCACCACCAACUAUUCCUGCUGCCCUACCACUAUCAACAACACCAAAUUGACCACUGACAAUUCCUACAGACCUACCAUCAUCAGCAGACCUACCACCACCAACUAUUCCUGCUGCCCUACUACUAUCAACAACACCAAAUUGACCACUGACAAUUCCUACAGACCUACCAUCAUCAGCAGACCUACCACCACCAACUAUUCCGGUUGCCCUACCACUAUCAACAACACCAGACUGAAAACCACCAACUAUUCCUGCUGCCCUACCACUAUCAAUACCAUACAGACCACCACCAACUAUUCCUGCUGCCCUACCACUAUCCACAUUACUAGACAGACCCCACCAACUAUUCCUGCUGCCCUACCACUAUCAAUACUAGACUGGCCACUACCAACUAUUCCUGCUGCCAUACCACUAUCAACACUAGACUGA